UUAGCCUUCAUGGGGACCAGAAUGGCAUAAGACUGAGACCAAGCAGAUCCACGACCAACCAGUCGGUUCCGAAAGAUCUGUCGAACAAAGUGCGUUUUGCCAAUGCUGCUAGGCGAGACGAGGAAGUGGAGGCAUUCAUAGAGCUAUUGGAAUUAUUGCUUGUCCGAAGGGCUGCCUCAGGACUUGUGUUGAACAAAAAGGAGGUCUCCCUUCCUCCUGGCCAUCAGCUUCCUGAAACUGCUAAAGUUUUAGGGAAGGGGGGUAAUGGUGCGAUCUACAUUGUGACUGAUCCUAAAACAGGAAAGGAAAGUGCCUGCAAAAUGGUCAUGAUCGCCUCGUUUCAUGGUGACAUCAUUCGCACAUGGCUUCACCUGGCAGACAAGGGCUUGGCUCCGGAGCUGUAUAGCUUUCGGAUUGUUGAAAACAAAGUUGAAUUUAAAAUGGAGAUAAUUAAAGGUAAAACCUUGACGGAAAUCAUGGAUGAUUUGUGGUCCCAACAACCUGCCUCUGACCUGACCCGUCCCUUCUCCCUCAUUGUUCUGAAGGACCUUCUAACCCUGUUUGAAGAACAGAUGCAUGGUGAACAGUUCACGCACGGGGACAUGUAUGAGAGCAACGUCAUGUAUACGAAGUCCAUGUCCAUGAAAGUUAUUGAUUUUGAGUCGGCCCGAAGAUUCAUGGCAUUGUCUGGUGAGAAGAAAGCAAGACGUGUCCAGUUUGAUAUUGUGGGAAUCAUCCGCCUUUUUUCUACGCUAUUUUCUGGCUACGGAUUCGAGGACUCACAGCAAGCUUUACAAAUUCUACAAGCAGAUGACCUUAGUUUGCUGAAUCCGUUGAUGCAGGGUAUACCAGAAGAGCACAGAAAAGAGAUGUACAUGAUCAUCAUGGAAGUGUUUGGCUGUGUCAAGGACCCGAUGCGAGCUGGCUUUGGAAACUUGGCCCCAGUAAGAGAGCUGAUUCAGGAUAAGUUGGCUGAUGAAGGUGUAGAUGUGGAUGUCGUCAAACGGAGGGUGGCAGCCAUUGUCUUUCCAGAGCAUUUUCAGCCAAUG